GUCAGGAGCGUCUUGAGAGUUUGAUUACGGGGAGGCAUUCAUUCGGCAGAGGUCCCCUCGAGUUCCCGCUCCCAGUAGCCGUCCAGAAUAUAUUCCGAGAUGUGAUCCAUUCACUGGGUGUUAACUCAAUCCAAGUAUCCGCAACACGUGACUACUUCGUAGAGAUGGUUGCUCACGCAAAAUACUUUAAUACUUUCCUGAUCUCGGGGAAUGCGAAAUUCUACCUGGAAGACAUUCCUCGAGGUUUCGUUUGCUAUAAUGAGAGAGGCGUCGAUAAGUUCGCGCCUAGGACGAAGUGCAUAAUGAAGGUCUUCCAUCUCGAAAAGCUCGGCAAACUACUCGGCUUGGAUGCUUCACCAAAUCCUCACGCGCUCUCCAUGUGGAGAACCGUUCUCUAUCACAGAGACACAUUCAAGAACUUCACGGAGUCUUUCUUCGGGAAAUCCGCCACCCGUCCAGAUUUUUACCCGACAUCGAAGCCCUUUUGGAUGCAGAGCUUGCUGACGGACAGAUGCCGGAAGGUCAGUCAUCUCAAAUUGCUCCAAUUUUUCCUCGAAAAGAGCUCGGCGGACGCGACGAAGGUAAUCUGCAGCCAGUUGUACCUCGCAGAGCGCAAAGAGGCAGCCCUCCUAUUCGAACAGGAGAUCGCGGCUCGAUCGAUAGAACCUCACAAUGUCUUCGAGCGGAUCAAGAGCCAGAUCGAAUGCGGAGACUACUCCGAUGAAGACCUCCCGCAAUGGUUCCUUCGCUAUCUAACGGUCGAGUGUAAAGUGAUUCCGGGUCUGAUGGAUUUCAUGACCGAUCGACGACAUUACCUGAUGACGCUCCCGGAAGAUUUCGAUAGAGAAUCCGUGAAUGAAUCUACGGUCCGUCUCCGUCGGAUCAUCUACGGGAUCCUUUUUUCGGAAUCGAAGACCGGCCACGAGGCCGUUCUUAUCACAGAGCUCGAUCGGAAGGGAGAUAAGCUUCAAGAAAGGAAACAAACACCGAUUUGGAAAUUGUGGGACCCUGAUGCGCACCGCGAGCCUUUCGACGUCCCGGGUCUGAAGAAGGUGGAGCUCCUAUCCGAGGCUGAACGAAUCAAGUUAUUCCUUUCAAGCAUGGGGGUUUCGGGGGAGUUAAGGCGGCAAACGGACUCGGGCGAAGUCUUGUACGUGCUCUCUGUUCUGAGGUAUUGGACGCUGGCUGCGGAAGGCAUUCGGAAGGUCGACCUCUGGAGGGUCCUGCUGACAGCUCUCAUGGUGCGAGAGAGAUACUCCAGACCGAGCAAUAUAUUCAAGAAAUACCCUGUACGCUCUAACGAGGCGGCUCUUGAGGGUCUCGGUAUAGACUUCGACCCGCGGACCGUGCCGAACUUCCCCGGAUCGUUUGCUCGUAUGCAUCCUCUCUCGCAGCUGCAGAAUGUCACGUUCUUCGCGCGAAUCUUGCACCGGCUUCUCAUGCAGCCCCUUGGUCCGAGCUCUGAUUGUAUCGAGACCUUCACGAGUGAAUCGGCAUUUUAUCACAUUUGUCAGCUCACCGACAAGAUGAAAGAGGAAGAGCUGGAGAGUUUCGUCUUGGAUCUCGUGGAGAAAAAUAGCAGGGACAAUUUCGUUCGAACCGUGGACUUGAUCUGGGACAGUGAAGCCAGAGAUCUCGGUCGAAUAAUUGUCAGCGGUUUCCGCGGCGACGACGAGCGAGCCUAA